CUUUGCCGGCUGAGGCGGAGCGAGAGGGCGCGCAUUGUUGAGCGAGCGGGGGAAGACACGCCGGUGCGGCGAGGUGCGAAGUGAUACGACUGUGACGUGCAGUGCUGGUGCAGGGAUGUCCCCGAGGGGAGGGUAGCCGCGAUGUCGGAGUUGCAGCUGGACCGCGAGUUGCGCCGGCGCUACGACCCGGCCAUGCUCGGACUGCCUUCGUCGCCCGUCAAGCCCACGCCCUCGGCGGGCAACAAGCGGCGCUCCUCGUCCUCGGGUUCGUCGUCGUCGCACCGCGGGGACGACGGCGGCGGCCCGGGGGCGGCGAAGCGGCGGCGGCACGCCGGCCACGUGGUCGCGCCGCCGGGCUCCACCCCCGAGGGCACCAAGGCCAACAUGUUCGACCACUACCAGCCGUGGGUGAUCCAGACGUACGGCGACCAGGCCAAGACAAAGACCAUCACGCUGCGCAAGCACGCGCGCAUACUGCGCACUCUGCGCGGCGAGGAGAGCAACUCGGUGGAGAACUCCAAGUUCCGGUUCUGGGUCAAGGCGAAAGGGUUCUGCAUCGGCCGACCGCCCGGCUACGUGGCCAAGCCCGCCGACGGCAUCGUCGGGACGCAGAGUCUGAACGGGCGCCGCGACGACCCGCCGCUGUACGUGCCGACGGCCCCGGGCAAGGACUCGGGCUGCAAGGAGAAGCUGCAGUACAAGAAGGUGGCGGUGGUGGAGAACUUCUUCGACAUCAUCUACACGGUGCACGUGGAGAUGGAGGGCCGCGCCGGCAAGCACGCCGGCCAGAAGCGCACCUACCGCACGAUCACGGAGACAUACGCCUUCCUACCGCGAGAGGCGGUCACUCGCUUCCUGCUGGGCUGCACGGACUGCCAGCGCCGCCCCCGGUCGCCGUCGCCGUCCCCGUCGCCCGCGCCCACGCCCACGCCCACGCCGCCUUCCACCAGCCCCGCGGCGCCGCCCCCGCCGCCGCCGCUGAACCACAGCACGCCCCUGCGCGACUGCAGCAGCACUAGCUCGUCCUGCUCCGGCGGCCGGGAUCUGGGUCCAUGUCCGCCCGUCAGGGACCUGGGCACGCCCGCCAGGGACCUGGGCCCCGCCGUCAGGGAUCUGGGCGUGUCCGUCAGGGAUCUGGGCCCGUCCGUGAGGGAUCUGGGCGCGCCCAGCAGGGAUCUGGGCCCGCCCAGUAGGGAUCUAGGCACGCCUGUCAGGGACACGAAUCAGCCGGUGAGGGAUCUGGGCGCGACGGGCAGGGAUCUGGGCGCGUCCGUCAGGGAUCUGGGCGCGUCCGUGAGGGAUCUGGGCGCGCCCGCCAGAGACCUGGGAGCGCCCGCCAGGGACAUGUGUCCGGUCGUCAGGGACCUUGCCCUCGCGGGGAGGGAUCUAGUUCCGCCGGCGCCGCUCCUGCUGCAGCCCCACGCCGGCGGCAUCCUGCACCCGCUCUUGCUGUUCCGCUCGCCACUGCACCACCACCCCUUGCACCUGAACCACCGUCCCCAACACAACAUCAUCAACAACAACAACAACAACAAGGGCGACCGCGACGAGGACGACGAGGCGGACGGCGACGACGAGGAGGACGAGGACCAAAAGGAGGAGGAUCCUGGCCGCAGGAUCUUCCACAGGGACCCGCCCGACAUAGACUUCAGCCUGCCCAUCACCACCACCUACCUCAAGCACAUGCGCAGCCUCGGCUACACCGACGAGGAUGCGCUCAAGAUAGACGUCGACGAGAACGUGUCGACGCCGGAGCCAGACUUGAACGACGACGACCACUUCCCAGGCAGGAACGGCGAGCUGCGGCUGUCGGCGGACCGCGACAUCUCGGGGGACGACGUGGCGGGCGUGUGGGCGGGCUACCACAGCGCGCUGGGGCUGAAGAAGUCCACGCCGCCGGGCCCCCGCGAGCAGUCGAGCCCGCUGAUGCUGAGCGACCGCAGCCUGGCGCACGAGACGAGCUCCGUCCACGACGAGACGUCGUCCAGCGGCAACAAGGAGGACGAGGACGACGACGACGACGACGCCGAGGACAAGAUCGACCCGCAGCAGUACGACCCGGAGCGCCUCAAGGCUUUCAACAUGUUCGUGAGGCUGUUCGUGGACGAGAACCUGGACCGCAUCGUGCCGAUAUCGAAGCAGCCCAAGGAGAAGAUCCAGGCCAUCAUCGACUCGUGCGCCCGGCAGUUCCCCGAGUUCGCCGAGAGGGCGCGCAAGAGGAUCCGCACCUACCUCAAGUCGUGCCGCCGCAACAAGCGGUCCAGAGACACCAACGGCGCCUGGGACGCUACGCGACCCACCCCGGCGCACCUGACGUCGGUGCAGGCCGAGCAGAUCCUGGCGCAGGCGUGCGAGAACGAGAGCCACAACGCCAAGAGGAUGAGGCUGGGGCUGGAGCCCGUCAGCCAGCCGAUGCCCCUCCUGCCGUCGGCCAUCACCACGGACAGCCGGCCCUCGCCCAUGGACCACCACUCCUCGCCGCUCAGCUUCGACGUGACGCCCAAGCCGGUGGUGUCGGCGUCGAUCAACAGCCUCGUCAAGACGGAGCCCGCCGACCCGCCCGCCGCCUUCGGGCCGGGCCUGGCCGCCGGCAAGCGAAGCCCCGUGGAGGCGACGGCGGCUAAGAGCGUGGGCACCGCGGUGACCUCCGUCAACGGCAACAUCACCUCGUCCUCUGCCGCGCCCACCGCCCUCUACCGGCCCAACUUCACGCAGGCCUUCCAGCGGGCCGGGCCCUACCCCAGCCCGCUCUUCCCCACGCCGCCCUUCGGCACGCCGGGCAUCAUGACCAACGGGCCCACAGACCUCAGCAUGAAGACCAAGCCCCUGCUGAGCCACAAGCUGAACACGGCGGAGAUGGCGGCCGUGCGACAGCUCAUCACGGGCUACCGGGAGUCUGCGGCGUUCCUCCUGCGCUCUGCCGACGAGUUGGAGCAGCUGCUCCUGCAGCAGCAGUAGGCUGACCCCCCUACUCCCUUCCACUCUCAUCUUGGACUGACCUAGACCCUGCCUGUGGGGACCCCAUCAUUGGCUCGCUAUUUGCCGACACGACCGUCAACGUCACCCGAUGCAGACGAUGACACGUGCGAUUUUUCCGCAAACGGUACUCCCAACAUACUUUUGUUAAAAAUUAUAGAAUGUCAAAUAGCAAUUUGACUUUUUUUUUUACUUAGGCUUAGCUUAUUAUCGAACGUGAGGUCAUUUAGAGACAGUGACACGGGUCAUUUGGAAACGAAUCAGCUAUGGCUAGAGGCAUGUAUUUUUCAUGAAAUAAUCAGAUUGCUAAUUAGACCGCAAUAAGGUAUGCCCGCGCUAGCGAUUGUUUCCUCGUGAUUGGUGGUCGUCUGCAAGUCAAGCUUGCCCCUAUUCGGCCGGGCCAUUCAGGACGCAUUUGCUUCCGCGCUGAUGGCUAUGAUUGGUGUGCUGACAGUAGACAUGUACCUGAAUUAAACCCAGCCAAUGCUACAAAGUUUUAACUCGCAGCGGGUCUGGAAAUAGUUUUGCGAAAAAUGCUUGGCCCUAGCUAUGGCCUGUUUUCUGCAUUUGCCUGGGGUGAUUCCUGGAAACCAGAUUGGCCGGAAUGGGAUUUGGAAAUAGCGCGUCCAGUGUCUUGCUGUUGCAUCACCUCGUUCAAUAGCAAUUAGAUGCAAAAUACACUUCAAUGUUGUUGUAAUGGAGUAUCAACUACUUACUGCAUGGACACUCCAACAUGAAAAGAGUGAUGUGAGGGGUUUAAUAACCUUUAUCAACGUGGGAACUGCAACGGCCUUGACUAACUAUAUUGACAGUUCUAUUGGCAAAUAAGCAGUAAAAUGUUGGGCCCAAAAAAUUAAUCUCGCAUAGCUUGCACAUUCUAUAUACAUACUUAGUCUGUGACAUUUCCCAAGGCCAAUAGCGCACGCGCCUCCUUUAUGCCAUGUGGUUUUGAGUCGCCGUACAAUGAUACCACCUUGGAGCUCAGACUAACUAUCCCGCAUUCCAGUGUGUCCUAGCACUUUUGAAUUCUCACCAAGUGUUUUCUUUCAGUAUUGGUGAAGUUAAAGUAUGAUACUAUUUUUCAUAAUAGUAUACCGUCAGAACUCAUGUAUGUACACAUGCUAUUUGCACACUGUCUCUUUAAGAAUAUGAUUGGUGGAAAGAGAAAAAAUUAGUUUUUAUAAUUAAGAAGUUGGUUUGUUUGUCUCCUUAGAUACAGCACUGGAUAUGAUAUAUGCAAUUUAAGCAGGACAAGAUUUUAGGGUUUUAUUUUUUGGUCAAUUUAAUUUUUAAAAUAAAAGAUUUCUGUCUCAUGUUUUUUUUAAUACAUUUUCCUUAUUCAUAAAAACAGUGUUUUAUCCAACAAAUACCAAAAUAAAUAUUUCUCAAUAACUAUUCCAACAAAAUAGUCACAUUUUGACUUAUACGAAACAAAAGAUUUCACAUUUAUGAUUUGAUUCAAGUUUUUGUAAAAUUGUUGGUUGAUUUCAUGAUUUUAGUUGCAUUUCAGUGUUAUAUAGUGUAUUGAUAUUCUUUUAGAUUUUAUCGAUAAUCACCAUAUAAUCAUGUCCUUAAAUAUAAGUUGUAAUCCUUUCAGCGGCCUUGGGAUUGAGCAAAAGAAAAUAUUUCUGACACUUAAAUAUUUUUUGUUCUUUAAAAUUUUAAAAUACUUCAGUCCGGCGAGGAUCGUAUUUGUUCGGAAAGAAACCUUUUUUCCCCACUUGUUUUAUUUUUUUUUUCGUUUGUUUUUGCCACACAUGAAAUCAAAACUACCUUUGAAACAGUUGGAUUGGAUGAAAUCAGUUUAGGAUGUGUGCAAUUGUCAGAGGCCAAACUUAGAAACUGUACCAAGAUUCAGUUGAAUGCUGAAUCUAUUCAUUUUUAGGACCUGACAACUAAUGUUAUUUUUUAAAAAAAUAUUCAAGUAUCAGUGCUAUUAUUUACUUUUAAAGGCCUCAAUCGGUAUUUAACCAGUACUCUGGAAUUAUGUACAUACAGAUAGAUAAAUUACUAGUAAUUUUGAAAUUUAACAAUUGCUACCAGAUGCUUAGAAUCAAAGUGAAGAAAAGAUGACUUUCAGUUAAUUUCUGCUUUCAAAACCCUUGGCAUAAAGACGGCUGGCGUGUGCAAAUCGAGAGUGAGAUAGUCUCAUUUCUUUAUUAAUCCCUUUUACGAGUUGCUCAAAAAAGACUUCACCAAUGACAAAUAUUCCGGCAGCAAGUUACUUAGUUUCGAAGGCGUGGCUCCAGGAAGCUGAGUCAGGAGCGACCAGUUUUCCUCGACGGCUGAAGGGGAAAAACGAACACUCCAGUGGGUGAAUGUACAUUUAUUUGUGUGUAUGUGUGUGUGUAAAAACAGCCAGUUGAUGCCAACAGCUGUGCAGAACUUUUGUACAUUAGCAGUUUAGCAUUCUACACUAGUGUACAAACAUGACCACCAUCAAGCAGUUUAGAACAGCCAGGAUACUUGGCAAAUCACCGUAGCAGUAAAAAUACAAUUUUGUUGAUUAUUGUAAAACAUGAUUUAAUCCUCAGCAAUGUCUAGUUGUUUCUUUCUUAUGGUUCGUUUACCUCUAUAUGUUACUAUGUAGUUUUAUUUUUAAUUACCUCUGAAAAAAUUUUUUGAGUUCAUUGUGAUAAAAUAAGGCAUACAAUUUUCUAAAUGGUAUCAAUAUGCAUGCUCUGAAAUAGUGUUAUUUUCUCUUGUUUUUAAAGAGAAUUUCCGAAAAUUAAACACUCAACAGUCCUUAAUUUACACUGUUUUAUAAAUAGUUGCAUGUUAAACAUUAAAAUUUUGAAACACAGUAAUAACUAUGAUAAGUGAAGUUCAUGAAGAACUCUUUGUUUAAUGAUCAAUGGAAAUUUAUAUCAGUUGCAGAUAUUCAAUCAUUCACUGUGAUGCCCACACCAGUUGUUUGCACCAUUUAAAACCCGAACGUAGAUACUUUUUCAUAAACCAUAUGUAACUUUUUAGCUAUUCCAACACAGGAAUGUACAAUUUGGUAGUUUUUGAGAUCAAAUGUUAAUGAAAAAGAACUUUUAACUACAGUCUCUGAUCUCAAUAAAUAAUGUACAGUACUACAUAAUGGUGCAUGAUUUUAAAACAGCGAAACUAUGUUACAUCUGCUAUUGAGAAGAAACUUAAUUGUAUGUCAUGUUUAAUUCUUUGUUGUUUAUUGAUGUGGUUUAGUGUGUAAUGAAAGAGUCAAGAUCAUAGGCGGCAAAAGGUCUCUCACUAUCGUUUGCUAAGUGGGGAAGAUGAAAUAUCUCCUUACGCUCCCAUCUCUGUUCCUCCCAUGCUAAGGCUCUGUCUUAAAACACGUGUUAAUCAUUCCUAGCAUUUUAAGCUUCAUUGGCUAACUGCAUACUUUCUCAGCUUCAAAUACAAUUUAUAAACCAAUAACCAAAUCAGCAUAUCAUUUCAACAUUAAGCAUUUUACUUCAUUUAGGAGAAAAUCAAGUUAUCUUAGUGUGAAAAAUAAAGGGUGAAUUACCACUCACAUUGGGGGUUUUAGAUCCCAUCAUUGCUCACCAUUUGCCUCCCAUGGUCAAGAUAGUUGAGAUUGCUGUAUUUUAUUUGCCUGUAAUUUAUACAAAAAAAUUUCAUGUGAAAAGGUCCUGAUAAUUUGCAUAAUAGUAUUGAGAACGUUGCUUUUAACAGAAGCAAAAUGUCUAAUUUUUUUAACUGUCAGCGUGUGUGAUGAUUAUUAAAUUUACAACAAACAAUAAAUUAAGUCAAAAUAAAGUUACUCUAUUUCAAGUCAAGAUUUUUGCUUAGGAAAUUACAUCUGUGCAACAUAAUGUAUAAGUAAAAUAUGAAAUCUGUAUGCAAGUGUUGGCAUUCAUAGGUCCAAACAGUUUAUCAUUAAGUUUCUUAGAAUUCACAAAAUAAAAUUGACACAAAAUAUACUCAAAGACGAGGGUUUACUCUUUAGAGAAUUAUCAAUGAAUGAAAACUUAUUAGAAAUAAACUUAACACUACUCAUCACUAUCUUAUAAUGUGAAAUACAUGUCUCUUUUUCUAUUAUCUUUCAUCUACAGCUUUUUAAGCUAAUGAAAUGUGAUGAAAAAAAGAAAAAAAAAUUGAGAUUAUUUAAUUUGUCUUCAAAUUAAUUUUUUUUCUAAAUUUAUUACAAUAUAUAGCCAACAACUUUUUAUUAAUUUUGCAGGCAAAUGAAUGUACAAACUUAGACAAAUGGGGAUAUUAAAAAUGAUAAUUUAUUCCAAAUUAUGAUCAACUCUCUGUUUUAAAAGAGCAGUGUAAAAAGUUUUCUUGUUAAUCACCAACUUGAAUCACUUAAAACACCUUGCCGUGUUUUGAAUUAAAUGUAAUGUAUGUUUUUGCUGUUAUGUAGUACUUCCAUGGAAAUUUUACUGAAAAUAUUGUGUAUCAAAAUAGUUAAGACUUCAAAAAAUAUUGUAAAUCUGUACAUAGUUUUCAAACUUCAAUUUUUGAAUGUGAUUUUAAAGUGCGCACGAAUUGAAGUCCAAGAAAUGCAGAACUGAAUUAUCGCAAAAACUGCAACACAGAAAGACUUGAUGAAGAUAAAUACUGAAAUGGCAACUGAAGUUGUGUACUGAUGAGAAGUGACAAAGAAAGAUAUUUGAAUGCAUAUACUAGAAUAUUUGCAGCGAACUUAACAAUGUACAUAUUUGAGAUUGUAUUUUUGUCUCUUUAAAAUUUUGAACUUUGAAA